UUGCCGAAACCCUGAGCAACAUCACUUCCGGAGACUGGAGCCACUUGCUAGGCUGCUAGUUGGACCCUUUGUAGCUUCCGGUCUAGUCGUGUGUGUGCGCGCGCGGGAGUCUCUUCCGGGUGUGGGGGCACCAUGAGUACUAUGUUCGCUGACACUGUCCUCAUCGUCUUCAUCUCGGUGUGCACGGCGCUGCUGGCCGAGGGUAUAACAUGGGUGCUGGUUUACAGAACCGAGAAAUACAAGAGACUGAAAGCUGAAGUGGAAAAACAAAGCAAAAAAUUGGAAAAGAAGAAGGAAACGAUAACUGAAUCAGCAGGCCGACAGCAAAAAAAGAAAAUAGAGAGGCAAGAGGAGAAGCUGAAGAACAACAAUAGGGACCUGUCGAUGGUUCGAAUGAAGUCCAUGUUUGCAAUUGGCUUUUGCUUUACUGCCCUCAUGGGCAUGUUCAACUCCAUAUUUGACGGCCGAGUGGUGGCAAAACUUCCUUUUAUCCCCCUCUCCUACAUCCAGGGCCUGUCCCAUCGCAACCUACUUGGGGAGGAUUACACUGACUGCUCCUUCAUCUUCCUCUACAUUCUCUGCACCAUGUCUAUCCGGCAGAUAAUUUAUGAAUAUGUUGAACAGCACAGCUACCAGCACAGAUCCUUGGGAGACCCUGCUAUUUACCCCUCUCCACUGUGAAAACUGGCCAUUUAUUCCUACCCAGUAAAUGAGGCAUACACAAUUAGUGGCUAUUUGUGAAAAAGCUUGGUUUAAGUGACUUGUGCAGCAUCACACACGAGCUCUGUGAUAGAGGCAGAGCUAGAGUGCAGUUCUGCGGGGCAGCAUUCAGCUGUCUUAACCAUGAGAAUGUCCUUGUCUUCCUUCAAUUUCCUGCCUUAUUCACUACGUGCCUUCCAACUUCUGCAACAAAUGAAGUAGACAAUAGUCUUGCGCACUACACAGCCCUGAUUGAUCCCCAGAGCAGGCUGGAAAAAAUACUAUGUGAUCCUAUAAUUAAAGAUUGUGUCGUCAUUAUGCAUAUGCACAAGGGGGCCAAAUUGAGGUUACACUGACAACCUUAAUUCUGGCAUUUCCUAACUUCUGGGUGCUUGACUUUGUAACUCUAAUGUUCUUUUAACAUAGUUUUGUGUGUAACUGUAAAAAGUUGAAUGUUUGCCAUCCUCAAAUGCUAUAAAACUGCCGUGACUUCCCUUUAACCUCCUUUCCCUUUUCAAUAGCUUGUAACUCUUACAUAUUUAUAUUUGAGUUGAAAUUUUCCUUACCCUCUGCCCAAAUGUGACUGCUGUCUUUUGUAUGUAAAAUUUUUGGUUCUCUGCUCUGUGAAUGUCAAAGUAGUGGGGAAGUUCUCCGUAUAUUCCACUUCGAAGCACAAAAAUCUCAUGACUCUAAAAGGUAGAAGCUGGAAAUUUCCUAGUUGGCUUGUGUUGACAAUCUUUUUGAGGAAGGCAUUCAAGGGUGAAGAAAUUCUGUUUAGUAGUUUAUCCUCUUUUGCUUCGUGCAUAUUCAGAUUUUCCAUUUUGUCCCUCCAGCACCAUUUAAGCUUGCAUCAUUUAGAACACUGGUAUUGGUUAUAGUGAAGGAUGCCCUCUGCUUAUAUCAUGCUUCUAACACGAUCCAGUGUUGAAACUAAAUAAAUGUAGUUUAAUUGAACUGUGCUGUUUUUAACAUAGCUUCACACAAAUCUCAGUACAAUACUAAUCUUUAAGCAUUCUGCUAUGAGUAUGACUUUCCUUAUGAAAGUGCUUGGUUUUUGUGGGGUUUUUUUUUUUUUAAUCUUAAUGUUCCAUUAACACUAGUGUGAUGUUGCAUUAAAACACUGUGUUCCGAUGUUCAAAAAUCUAACCAAUGGAUAAAGGCAGAGAUAAGGUCAUCUGCACAAAUUUAUUUUUGUUGAUAGGUAGGUAUACUGUACCAUGUGUCUCAGGAGAGAAAGCACUGUUUCCUACUCUGAAACCUAUCAUUAGCACAGAAAUCAGCUCUGUACUCAGACUUUUGGCAGGAGCUCAGCAAUUCCUCUGGUGGCCGGGUGGGCAGCCCAAUUCUGAUUGUAUUGUGUGGGAUCCUUCCUGUCUUGUUUGAAGAUUCUCGGGCUCUAAUUACAGCCUCCCUUGACGGUGGUUUUUGGAAUGUGUGAAAACAGCGGAGUGCUGCUCCUAGAUUUUCUGCCUGUGAGCAGAGAACAGGAAUCUGCUACUGCAUAUGCAUUGUAGUUGAAUUGCAAAGAUAUCUAAUGUUACCAUCUUAAUUUAAAGAAAACAAAAUAGGCAAAGGCUGCAGCCUGCAACAAGAACUCUAUUACCUGCCCAUUGGCUUUAUGACUUAUGUAGGUGAAGAUAGAAUUGAAUUGCAGCCCUGCACUGGAACCCACUCCAUCUGUGGGAAGCUUGAUCAUGAAACACACUCUGGAGCUUAGGCCCACCUCUAAUUGCAGUUCAUUAUGCAUAUCAAUCACUUAAUCUCUAUGGACUGCAUUUUUUCCUGGCCCUUUUGUAUGGUUUCAGAUAUAUCACAUAUAUACAUUGGCUAAACUGAGUUGUGAAACCCUGGAGGUUGAAGUUAAAGAGAGGUUUGCCACUGGUCUAAACGGAACCAGGAUUUCACCUGUGUAUUGGCUUCCUUCUCACUAUACCACCAUCCCAUCAUU